AAUUGAAAGAUGGCUUCGUUCACAGUGCCGUCUUCGGGUUCGUUAUCUGAGGCUUUUCUCUGUGGCAGUUCCCGGACGUUGGUCCCCAAGCGAACCUUCUGUUUCCCUUUAAACGGAGUCAAAUGUGAGCUCACCUAACCAAUAAAUGGAAUGCAAAUUGUUCCAGUCCAAACCAACGGAGCACUUCCAAAGUUCUUACAUUCAAGACGCCUAAAAAAUGCUGUUAAAAGAGAUGAAAAUAGCCCAAAAAUAUUCUCUGGCCUUUCUAAUCCAAACCUUUCUCAGGAAAUUGCCUGGUAUAUGGGCCUUGACCUGGGAAAGAUCCAUAUUAAGAAGUUUGCAGAUGGUGAAAUUUAUGUGCAGCUACAAGAGAGUGUUCGAGGCAGUGAUGUCUACUUGGUGCAGUCCACUUGUCCUCCAGUUGAUGAAAAUCUUAUGGAGCUUCUGAUAAUGAUAGAUGCAUGCCGUAGGGCUUCAGCCAAGAAAAUCACUCCAGUGAUUCCAUACUUUGGAUAUGCUAGAGCUGAUAGAAAGGCAAUAUUGUUUU